AUGAUUCUGGCAUGCGGGCCAAACGCAAGACACACGCUGAUCCAGGCAAGGAUUCGCGUGUCAUCUACCGGCACUACCAAGUCGCAGAUUCUCGCAUGGCCCGGCUCUAAUUGUGAGCAAAAGAAGGAGGAGCCACCGGAUGUGUUCGGCCAGGACCUGCCAGAUGGCUGGAAAGAAGGUUCGCCCGUGACCUUCAGCAUCGGCGACCAACAGAUUUGGGAAGAGUCCGGCUUGCAGGUGCCAAAAUUGCCCUGCAAUUGCGAGAUCUUGGCCCAUUUCGAUGAUGACGACCUCUAUGCUAGCACCUACCUCACAUGGAUGAAGCACCGGUUAGAGAAGGCCUUGGAGAAGGUGGAGAAAGAGAAAGCAGAGAAAGCAGAGAAGCAGGGCAAGCUCCCUGUCAAGGAGUUCAGGCUCGUCGAUGUUGACUCCAUGUAUCAAACUGCAGAGGGCUUCACAUGGCAGGACAUGACCUUUGGCUUCAUGGACGUGGAGCGAGAUCCACUUGCCAGAAGCCACAGUGAAGUGCAGUGCAGUGCAGACUGCAGACAUGCAAUUUGCCACGCUUUCCAUGUGCGCAGCUGUCGCUCCAAGAUCCCUCGAGACCAGCGACAUGGCUGGCUCUACGGCUGGGGCUCGGGUCUUAGAGGCAGCGGCCAGCAGUUAGAGCGGCUCACUCCAUUCAUCAGAGACAGACGCUGCUAA